AUGAGAGGUUUGGUAAAUAAGUCCAAAACUACCACAACCACUACUACUACUACUACUGCUACUACUACUACUACUACUACUACUAUUGCUACUACUUCUACUACUAAUGCUACGACGACGACGACAACAACAACAACAACAACAACAACAACAACAACGACCACUACCACUACCACUACUACAAUACUACUUCUACUACUCAUUUUACUAGUGAUGUGUCCACGAAUUCUAAUUGUAUUACUUUGA